CAUGUUGCCACUUGGUAUUGACAAUUUGAAUUUUACAGAUAACUUGACUGCUUCACUAUUCCUUCAUGAAAUACAUCAACAACGCGUACAACAAACCACCGAACAAAAUUCAUGCGGCGAUGUCCCAGGAAUCAAUAUAAUAAGCGAUGGAACAGAUUCAGGCGUUAAUAUACCAAUAUCGAAUUCAACCGGCUCAUUACCUGACUUGACAAACCUCCAUAUACCUUCACCCCUUAGUACGCCCAUCGACCAAGAAAACCAACAGCAAGAGAAUUAUGCCUCUUCGGUGCCGACUCAAAGUCCAAUAGCCCUAAUACAACAACAAUUAGAAUUUAAUCGUAAAUCUCCAGCGUUGACUAUCCCAACCGUUCAGGCUUCACCCCGCGUUCAACUUCGUCAAAUGCUAGAAUCGAAAAAAAAUCAACAUCUAUCAGUACCCAAUGGUCGUUCACCCUGUCCAUCACCUACGUUACCUUCCAGAGAUACGUCACCUGUUAAUAUAAACACUACGUACAGAACUAGUCAUGAAACUGGCAUUGCCACAUCACCUACUUCUCCGUUGUCACCUGCUUCUUAUUCCCCAUCUCAGUCGCCAGUUUUACCCGUAACAACAGGAAACUAUUUUGCACAAGAUCAACUACACCAGCAGUUCAGCCAAGUCCGUAUGGACCAGCAAGAAACAGAUUCUCAGCAAUUAGCUCAAAUUCUCGCUUAUAUGCAACAGAGUAAUGGUGUACAGGGAAAUUUUUACGUUUCUUCUCCAACAACUCCCUCGAGCCCCCAUCAAAACCACUCUCAUAGUAGCCCUCUCAGCCCAGAAACUCCUUUUUCGCUUCAACAAACGAGUCCAGGGUCAGUGCAGCAACAAAACUCACCUGGGGACAGUAGCAUUCCGGAUAUAAUACUAACAGCUGUUGACGAGUUUAACCAGUCUCAUAUAAAUAAUGGAAGAGACUUAAAUUUUCCAUGCGAUUUAGAACUGCUCUCCGAAGGAUUAGAUCCAGUGAAUAUGCAAGAUUUGGAUUUAUUGAACUCCUGUCAACCAUUUACCGACGAAGAUCAAAUUGAAAAAGAUUUAAGGACAUCUUAA